AUCUCUAUGAAGCCUAUCACCAUCUCUGCUUGCAGGGAUGUAAGAAAUAUAGUAUUUCGUGCGCAAGUAUUUGUAAAUUAUUACACUACGCUUCGCUCACAACAAGAACUGAAUAAUGAUAUUCCACAUUGUAUUUUUCGACAACAAUUUUGGCACUCUGUCUAUCAAUUGGUUAAUGCAAAGAGAGUUACAACCAGCACAAAUAUACCACCAAACAUGAUGACAGUCUGGUACGUAUUCCAAUCUCAAUAUAAUUCUAUCGUAUAUCAUCAGCAAAUUGCAGAAGGAACUUCGCAAUGGUUAGCGGAAGCGUGUACAGAGCUGGCUACUAGUUAUCAUAAUAGCAUAAUGGAACAUUUUGAAUCACGUCUUUUAUCUUCUUUGUAUUAUUGUCUUCAAAACACCUUCAUGGUACGUGAUGGAUAUAAGAAUUGUAUUUUUUCUUCUAAAAAGUAGUAUCUACUUGUUAGUCAAUGGAUCCUAAAAAUCUUAAAGUGAUUAUUAAAGUCUACUGCUAUCAAUAUGUGUGCCAAGACGAACCAAUAUGGUCAAACAGUGUAGUUUUAUCAGCAAGUUUAAUAAAAGAUGUGUUAAGCGGCCAUGUGAACCAGGAAUGUGAACCAAUUAAAGUCUUGAUUAAUCAAAGAAUAUCACUUACUACUCUAUCCUCUGCCCCCG